AUGGCACUGUCACAACGCCAACAACAAAGAAGUCACGGCAGCCGCCGCUCCAUCUCAGCCAAGGCCUCCUUCAGCGACGAUGAGGACGCCAUCACGCCGUGCUCAUCCCCACCACCCGAGCCCCAGCAGCCCCUCCUCGACACCGCAUGCAAGCUGAGUCAAAACGCGCGCUUCUCCAUCUCGGCCGCCUCCUCGCGCAAGAUGUCUUCGGUGCGGACGUGGCACCUCGACCCGACCGCUGGAGAGGACAUGGACGACGCGCACCUGUGGCGUCGCAUGCUGGAUAUCCAGCGCGAGUUCCACUGCUACAACAGCGCGCGCAUGGCUGCCGCGCUGCUGGAGCUCGAGAUGGGUGUUGAUGUUGGUCGAUAUGCUCCAUCGCGGAGCUGUCUUGAUCUUCUGAAUGACAGUGUGUCCGACCUUCCUGAUGAGGACAAGGAGAGGCUCGUCGAGUGGCUGCACGAGAACUCCACGAAGCGGAAGAGGAGUCCCAAGUGGAAGCGCACCUCGGUUUUCUGA